AUGUCGUCCCUAGCUCGCGCUCUCCGUGGCACGUUCAACGUCCGCCGUUUUUCCUCCUCCGCAGCCGCCGUUUCGGCCGCAAUCUCGCCACCUAAAAAGUCGCUGAGCAGUAUCGUGAAUGGCGAACGAAACCCCAAACGUAUGGUGGAGAAGUUCAAAAAGGCAUGCGAGUCGGAGAGGUUCCGGGCCAAUAUAGCCGUGUACGAUAGAACCGUGCGCCGUCUCGUCGCCGCAAAGAGAUUACACUUUGUUGAAGAGAUUUUGGAGGAGCAGAAGAAGUACCGCGACAUGUCAAAGGAGGGAUUCGUGGCGAGGAUCAUUUCUCUGUACGGGAAAGCCGGCAUGCUUGAAAACGCCCAGAAAGUGUUCGACGAAAUGCCCGACAGAGACUGCAAGAGGUCAGUGCUGUCUUUCAAUGCCUUGCUUAGCGCAUAUGGGCUCUCCAAGAAAUUUGAGGUGGUGGAACGACUCUUCACUGAGAUACCACGCGAGCUAUCGAUCAAACCAGAUAUUGUAUCUUACAAUACUUUGAUCAAGGCGUUAUGUGACAAGGGUUCCUUACUCGAAGCUGUUGCAUUGCUUGAUGAGAUUGAGAGCAAAGGUUUGAAACCUGAUAUAGUCACAUUCAACACGCUUUUGUUAUCGUCGUAUUUGAAGGGAGUGUUCGAGCAUGGGGAAGAGAUAUGGGCUAAAAUGGUGGAGAAGAAUGUAGCAGCAGAUAUCAGGACUUAUAAUGCUCGGUUGCUUGGAUUAGCAAACGUGAUGAAAUCAAAAGAUCUGGUGAAUCUCUUUGAAGAACUCAAGGCUAGUGGGAUCAAACCUGAUGUUUUCAGCUUCAAUGCUAUGAUUAAAGGGUCAAUCAACCAAGGAAAUAUGGACGAAGCCAAAUCGUGGUACAAAGAAAUUGGGAAGCACGGUUAUCGACCUGAUAAAGCUACCUUUGCUUUGCUGCUUCCUGCAAUGUGUAAAGCAUGCGACUUUGGGUCUGCGGUUGAGCUCUGCAAGGAGGCAUUCAGUAAGCGUUACAUUGUUGGGCAAGCGACAUUGCAGCUGUUAGUAGAUGAAUUGGUUAAAGGGUCCAUGAGAGGAGAGGCUGAGGAGAUUGUGGAAAUCGCAAAGACCAAUGAUUUCUUAAAGUUGAAGCUUCAUUUGUCGUCUCAAGAGUAA